AUGUUCGAGGUGCAGCUGACCACUCUUCCGGAACACCUUUACAAUAAAUUUGCGCACAAGUUUCUUUACAAAGGACAAGCUGGGUCUCUGACGAAGACGGAUCAGAUUGUACUGGACAUGUCCCAUGGUAUAUCUAUGUGUUACGGACUCUGUGCUAUGUACAUGAAGGAAAAACUGGAGACUGUACGCGGCAAAGGCGACAGGCACGCGGAGGAUUUGGACAUCGAGGAAAUUGUCUCGGACGGAAACAUAUUCCUCCAAAAUCUCACAGUCGCGGGAACCAGCAUGCAGGGGUCUUCCUUGACUUUGAAACCACCGAACGCUAUUCAAUCUGCCAAUGGUCUCGAAACUUGGCUAGACAAGACGUUAGAGGAUACGUCACAGAAGCUUCUAUCGAAACAGCUUCGAGUUGCAGAAAAGCAACUGGAAUGGAUGGAGAAACAGGCCAGACAAACGUUAACGGACAAGGAAGAAAAGUGUCGACAAUUGUUCUAUCCUACCAACGGCUUGUCGUAUGAUUGGUACAAAGGCCGCGUAGCAGAACGAGUGGCUGGUACAUGUCAAUGGUUCCUCGGCCACGAAAACUUCAAAAAAUGGCUUGAACAGGAUUCGGGACCACUGUUGGUGUCUGCAGACCCCGGAUGUGGAAAGUCUGUCUUGGCCAGAUACCUGAUCGAUCACGAGCUACCAAAGACGAAAGCAGCUGUCUGCUAUUUUUUCUUCAAGGACCAGGACCAAAACACCAUCAGCCAGGCAUUUUGCGCACUGCUACAUCAGCUUUUCAUCCAACAGCCUAUUCUCGUCCAACAUGCCAUGACGGAAUACUCUCGAUCUGGAGACAGCUUAAAGACCAGUUCAGAGGCAUUAUGGCGUGUCUUGGAAAAGGCUGUUCAGGACCAACGUGCAGGACCUGUGAUCAUGGUUCUAGACGCGUUGGAUGAGUGUGUGGACUCGAACUUUGACGACUUGGUCACGAAAAUAGAACGCCUCUUUCAGUCGAAGCAGCCAAGCACUAUCCGAAUUUUGCUAACAUGCCGCCCGUACGUCGAAAUCAUACACAGAUUCUACAAACUUGUCGAAGCCUUUCCCGAAAUUCGCAUUCCAGGAGAAGAGGAAUCAGAAGCCAUCAGUCAAGAAGUGGAGUUGGUGGUCGUCCACCGAGCUAAGGAGCUGGCGAAACAAAAAAAACUGGCGCCGAACCUUCAAGACCUCCUUGUCGAUCAACUGAAACAGGUAAAACAUCGCACCUACCUUUGGGCAUACCUUGUGUUCGACUACCUGGAGAAAAAGCAGAUAAAAAAGACGGAGAAAGCUGUCAAGGAUUUGUUCUCCUCGCUUCCAAAAAGUGUCAACGAGGCGUACGAAAAAAUCUUGAACAAGCUUGAUGACGACGAAAAGAUGAAGGCUAGAAAAGCCUUGAGCAUCAUCAUCGCAGCAAGACGACCGCUCUCUAUCAUUGAGAUGAACUUUGCCCUCCACGCGACAUACUCAUCGACGUCUAUUGAUGAUCUCGACCUCGAACCAUCCAUCAACUUCCAGUCAUAUUUACGGCAAUUGUGCGGACUGUUUGUUUCGGUCUACCAGGAGAAUGUCUACUUUCUUCACCAAACGGCUCGGGAGUUUCUCCUCGCCACCGAGUCUCAACUUGCGGACUCUUCACAGCCACGCUGGCAGCAAUCCAUAACAAAUCACGAAGCGCAUUCCGUUAUUGGAGAGGCAUGUGUGGGCUAUCUUAGUCUAUUCAACCACAACUCUAAGGAUGACGUCGACACUACCUUCUUCAACUAUGCAGCUAUAAAUUGGGGUACUCACAUCCACGAGGCUUGCCUUCAUGCUACAAUAGCACCGAAGGUUUUGGAAAUUUGUGAUCCAAACUCUACAAGCUAUUCGGCAUGGUACAAAUACGUUUGCAAAGCACAGCCACACAAUGGCCUCAGCAAAGACCUCAUAUCAGGUCUAAGCAUUAUAUGCUACUUUGGUUGCAGUAGUGCAGCAGAGCUUUUACUCAAUAGGGGUGCUGAUGUUAACGCUGCUAAUUCUAAUGGCCGGACGCCGUUAUCCCACGCUGCUCGGAAUGGACACAAGACUACGGUUAAUCUUUUGCUUAAUAGGGGCGCUAAUAUUAACGCUGCUGAUUCUGACGGCCAGACGCCGUUACACGACGCUGUUUGGAAUGGAAACGAGACUACGAUUAAGCUUUUGCUUGAUAGGGGCGCUGAUAUUAACGCUGCUGAUUCUGACGACUGGACGCCGUUACACGACGCUGUUUGGGUUGGACACGUGGCUACGGUUAAGCUUUUGCUUGAUAGGGGCGCUGAUAUUAACGCUGCUGAUUCUAAGGGCCGGACGCCGUUACACGACGCUACUCGGAAUGGAAACGAGACUACGAUGAAGCUUUUGCUUGAUAGGGGCGCUGAUAUUAACGCUGCUGAUUCUAAGGGCCGGACGCCGUUACACGACGCUACUCGGAAUGGAAACGAGACUACGAUUAAGCUUUUGCUUGAUAGGGGCGCUGAUAUUAACGCUGCUGAUUCUGACGACUGGACGCCGUUACACGACGCUGUUUCGAAUAGACACGAGACUACGGUUAAUCUUUUGCUUGAUAGGGGCGCUGAUAUUAACGCUUUUAAUUCUAAGGGCCGGACGCCGUUACACGACGCUGCUUGUGAUGGACACGAGACUACGGUUAAGCUUUUGCUUGAUAGGGGCGCUGAUAUUAACGCUGCUGAUUCUGACGGCCAGACGCCGUUACACGACGCUACUCGGAAUGGAAACGAGACUACGAUGAAGCUUUUGCUUGAUAGGGGCGCUGAUAAAAACGCUAUUGAUUCUGACGGCCGGACGCCGUUAGGUGUUGCUAGUGACGCUGUACGCUAUAUUUUGAUUGAAAGGGGAGCGUUUUAUUGA